AUGGCUCGCUUCCGAAUCGUCACGCCCAUCUUGCUGUAUAUCUUCAUCCCUUUGACGCUUGUCUACACCUACCUCGCGUAUAAACUUCGUGCGUCAAGGGGCAAUAAGCGCGCCGGCGUAGAAACGGCUCUCAAGCUAGAAACCCUAUCUGGAAAGAAACUUGUCGGCUUCUUUCACCCUUACUGCAAUGCCGGAGGCGGCGGCGAGCGCGUGUUAUGGACGGCUAUCGCCCAUAUACAACGCACGGAGCCGAGUAUUGUGAACGUGGUGUAUAGCGGCGACGUUGACGCGACUAAGGAGGAGAUCAUCGCUAAAGUGAAGGCACGCCUAGACAUUAUCCUUGACCCCGACACCCUUCAUUUCGUAUUUCUGAAGUCGCGCCGCUACAUCGAGGACGCCUCAUGGCACCGCUUCACGCUUCUCGGCCAAAGUCUUGGCUCCAUGUAUCUCGCCUGGGAGGCAUUGAGUUCUGUUAUCCCGGAUCUGUUCAUAGACACAAUGGGAUACGCCUUUACCUUUCACAUUGCGGCAAGCCUCGCCGGCGUUCCCGUCGGAGCCUACGUGCACUAUCCGACAAUCAGCACGGAUAUGCUCGCUCGCGUCCAGGGCCGCCAGGAGGGCGUCACCAACUCUGACGCCAUCGCCAAUUCAGCCGCACUCAGCGCCGGCAAACUCUUUUACUACCGCGUGUUCAUGUGGCUGUACUCGCGGGCGCUCCGUCGCGCCUCAUUCAUCAUGGCGAACUCGACUUGGACAAAGAACCAUGUCGACAACAUUCUGAAACAUGAAGACGGGCUCUUUGACGGUGUUGCUAAUCUCGCGGAAACCAUUGCCGAGCCCUUUGCGUACGCCGCGAACUUCUGGUUGCCUAAAAUGAGCGAGCAUACGCCUGCCACGCCCCAGGAUGCCACGCGAGUCUACCCGCCAUGCGAUACUCGAACCAUGUCUGGUUUCACGCUCGAGAACCGCGAACGAUUGGUCGUCAGCCUCGCCCAGUUCAGACCGGAGAAGGACCAUGCCACACAGAUUCGCGCCAUUGACGCUUUACUGCAAGAGCACCCCGAGUACAAAGACGUACGCUUUGUUCUGAUUGGUGGUGUCCGCAAUGAUGGGGAUGCGGCACGAGUUGAGUGCCUCAAGGCGCUCGCUAAGGAGCUGGACGUUUCUGAGCACGUCGAGUUCUUGCUCAACGCGAGCUAUCCCGAUAUGCUUGCCUACCUCAGGCGCGCUAGUAUUGGUUUGAGCACUAUGGUCGACGAACACUUCGGCAUCAACGUCGUCGAAUUCAUGGCUGCCGGUGUGAUUCCCGUCGCACAUGCCUCGGCUGGGCCACUGCUUGACAUCGUCGUCCCCGUCGACGGUGAACCCACAGGCUUUCACGCAAAAGACGUCGGCGAGUUCGCGCAAGCUCUCCAUAACGCCUUGUCCCUCUCCGACGCGGAGGCGUUGGCAAUGCGCGAGCGUGGUCGCGCUUCGGCUGUUGCGCGCUUUUCGGAGGAGGAGUUUGAGAAGGCAUGGGAUGCAAGUGGGUGGAAGAAGUGGAUGUAA